AUGUUUCGCCGUAUAGCUUUUCUGGGCCGGAAGGCCGGUGAAGAACGGCAGACUGAAGAAAUGUCACCAUCACCUGGAGAUGAUGGCUCCUCACCUCAAGAUACUAAAGGCAGUAGCGGGCUCGCCAGCGUCUUCAAAGGUCUCGCCGGUGCUGCUAAGUUAACCAAAUCUCCCCCGGCUCCUGUGCAAUCAUCUGGUCCCUCUAUCAGUGUACAGAUUGCCGAACGUCUCAGCGCUACACCAAAUAUCCUCCGCGGUAUACCAUCCCAGCAUGCUGAAUCGUUUGAGCUGUUGAAGAAUGGAUCGAUGACCCAGCGAGUCGCAGCAGCUGAUGCAUUACGCCAUACUGUUGCAGAUUAUCCCCUCAGUCCAGUGCUGGAUAUUUGGUACGCAGCUAAAGAUCUGGUUGAUCCUACUAAUCCUAAGACGGUUCGAUAUUCCGGCUGGGAACUUCUGAGGGAAUGUGUUAAACAUACCUCUUCAACUGACUUGGAGCGCAACGAGUACUUCCAGACUAUAUCCGCCGAAGCCAACCCGGAAGAUUUCCAUUUACAACUGGCUGCUCUUGUCGAUUUAACGAACCAUGCCCGAAAUCUGUCCGGGUUUGAUUAUGAUGUGUUCCCAUUAUUGUCUAGGUGGCUCGAGGAAGCAUUCGAAGCAGUACGAGCGGCAAGAGGUGCCGCGAAGAAACAAGGGUCGCGGAUGAAGGGGAAGGCGUUAGUGACCGGUGAAGAUAGAAACUUUACGGACCUGUUCAGUUUCAUUACCGACGUAAUCAAGUUCAAUUUCAACGUCGCUGAUGAUGAUGCUGCCGAAGUUUUGAUCGAAAAGCUACUGGAUAUCUGCAUGAACACUAGUGUUGAAGAGGAUCUACAGGCGUGUAUUGGCAUUAUGGAUGCUAUUGUGACCUUUGGAGCGAUUCCCGCGGACAAAUUAAAGAGCUGCGUUCAUGUCCUCUGCUCUAUACAUUGUCUCGUUCCCAGCCUACAGAAAGAUGCGUGGCAUACCAUGAGCAUGCUAUGUCGGUCGCACAAUGGACAUACUACCGUGAGGCUACUUCUUGAUGUUUUGGCGAGUCUCCCGGAAAAUGCAGAUAAGAAAAAGGAAGUUGUUCGUGAGGUCAGGGGCGCACUGUCAGUGCUCACUAAGCUUGUGUCGAAGAGUUCCGAGAAAGGAUAUCCAGCAGUUCCAUAUGCUCUUUUGGUCGAUGGCCUAUCCACAGUGGUCCAUGCUACGUCUGCUUGGAAAAUCCAUCUCGAUAUUUUACGACUAACGAAUUCGCUAUUCUGCGACAGCCAGGGCAAUAUUAAUAAUAUGUUGGCUGAUGAAGAUUGGACACCUGUUUUUGACGUCGCGGUCAUAUGUGCCGGGGUUGUUGUCGAGUCCCUUACCAAACCUGAGAAUCCCAUUGAAUCGCUCCUAGCCCCAGAAGAGAACGAUUCUGCUGAGAGCAUGCUGGCUCGAGAAUUGAUGAAGUUAAUACGUCGCCUUGAGAGCAUACUCUUGGAUGAAUUUCCUGCUAUUACGCAAAAACAAGAGGGUGCGUCUUUAGAUCAAGGAGAUACCGACAGUCAGAAACUAGAGGCUAUACAACCAGAGCAGCCUAAUACCCUUAUUCAAAGACAAGAUUGUAUUCUCUUCUUUACUAAAAUCCACCGCGCUCUCCCCGACUCUGGGGCAAUCUUGGUGCUUGAAUAUUUCAAGAAGUUCCGAUGUUGUUCGCCCUCAGAUCCUCUUUGGGAGACCAAUUUGAGCCUAGUAUUGGAUGCGUUUUUAGCAGAUAGAAAACGAUCAACUGACGUUCGUCUGCGCGCCCUGCAGGCCUUUACAGAGGUUUACGACAUGAUCGAACUCAUUAAUGAUCAGUUCGAGCCAGAUUUCAUUCCAGAAUUAGUGAAGCGCUUAUUAGCGGAUGUGGCGGGAGAGGCCGAUAUUAUAUUACUACAAGAGAUCGUAUCAUUUGCUGUUGGCGUUGCUAGCACGGCACCCUUCUCCCUUUUCUCUUACGUUAUCGACACGCUUCGAGGUAUAGUCGGGAAUAAUCGACUGCGUUCCAUAUCUUCUUCGCUUUCUCUUCCCCCGGAGCAGACAUCAACUCCGCAACACAUAAAGUCAGCUGUGAAUCAAACUCCAUCUAACGUAGUUGUACGGGGCUAUGUGCAAAUAUUCUUACGAGUUCUAAAUUACGACGCGACCAAAUCAGUGCGGUUGUUUCAUGUUCUCGUAUCAAUAGCCGAGUUAAACUCCAGCGAAACAGAUGCCCGUAUCACUGCGAUGCAACUACUAUUCCGCCUAAGAGCAGAUUGGGCCAAUCGUAUAUUUGUCACUGCUCAUACUGAGACGAACAGUCUAGCUACGUCCUUAUACCGAACAGAGGAGUCAAUGACGCGUAAACUCGCCGAGGAAGCUUCAUAUACCGGGAGAAACUCACGAAGUGAAGCUGCUGGGUCUGCUCGCUCAUCACGCGGUAUAUCCCUUGGACACGGUCAGAUGCAAGACCGGGGUUAUCCGUUAAGGUCAGGAAGUGGUAGCAAAAUGGCCACGAGUGCGUAUCAACCGCUGUGGAUCGCCUCUGAUACGGAUGCCUUGCCAGAAGCUCCAUCUCAAGCUGCAAGCAUGGUACUUUAUUGCAGCACUUCUGAUGAUACUGCCGAAGUAGAUGGCUUGUCACAGGUAAAGGUUUUGGAGACCAGGAUAUGGCUUGAGGUGAUACUGAACUUGGUGCGGCAAAGCUGUGAUUGGGAAGUUUACAGCUUCAUCCUUGUCCACCUACCCUCUCAGCUGAGCAACCAUGCUAUUUUUCAAAAUGCCACCGUAGAACUCCAGGAAUUGAGACGGGUGAUUUGUGAACAGAUCAAAAUGAAUAAUUUCCAGGAGCCUCCAAGUGUUUUCGGAUUGCGCCGAGCAGAUGUUGCUAUUUGUCUUUUCCAUACUUUGACUAUGAUCCUCAGUUACCACCAAUACUUUCAAAAAGCAGAAGAAGACGAGAUUGUUCGCACGUUCGUGCAUGGUAUAGCAACGUGGGAACGAAGUGCGAAAUGUUGUAUACACGCACUUACUAUAUGCUGUCACGAGCUCCCUUCCUCGACGGGCAAGGCUCUAGUCACAAUCCUUCAGAAGAUGGCGCAGAUUAUUACUCAACCGUAUGUCGCCAUGCACAUUCUGGAAUUUCUAGCUUGUCUCAGUAGGUUACCCUCCUUAUACGCCAAUUUUCGGGAAGACGAGUACCGGAUUGUCUUUGGAAUUUGUUUCCGAUACCUACAGUACGUAAGAGGGCGGAAGCAGGCAUAUAGAAUCAGUUCAAUCAGCGAUUCAUCGAUAGCUGCCGCAAGCGAGGGUCAAUUUAACCCAAAUACUUCGGAUGAUUUACCCCAGUAUGUCUAUACUCUAGCAUAUCACGUCAUCGUGUUCUGGUUCCUGGCUCUGAAGCUUCCAGACCGUACAAACCACGUUGGGUGGAUUGCAAGAAACUUAUUUAUAGAUGUCGAUGGGCCCCAAGCAUCGGACGAGCAAGCACAUCUUACGAUGGACUUCAUCCAGAGGGUCACGUAUGCUGAUGUCGAUGAAUCUGCGGCGGACCCUUUGUUCACUUCCGACAGAUUCGGAGAAAUACUUAAGAAGAGAUGGUUGAUUGGAAAUAGCAUCGUUACGAUUGAACAGGCUACGGCUACGGGUUGGGCACAAAUAACCAAACGUCAGCCAUCUGGAACAUCAUCGUAUACGAUACGGGAGCUCUUUCGACCACCUCCGGCACAUCAACGUCCUAUAAGUGAAAGCUUGAGGGACAGCCAUACAGGGAUCAUAAGCAGCAUUUUACCCAACCAUCUUCUAGUACAGCUUUUAUCCUCUAUGCCACAAGGAAACGAUCUUUCACGCCCCGUUCCACUACCUGAUGAUGACGUAGUUAACAGAGCUAUAAGGAUGUUCGACCACAACUCGACGGUAGAUGGCCACAAGGUCGGCGUAGUAUAUAUCGGAGAGAACCAAACACAUGAGACGGAAAUCCUGUCUAAUAUUUCUGGCAGUGGUGAUUACGUAGAAUUCCUCAACGGCCUCGGCACUCUGACCAAACUCCACGGUGCAACGUUCAAUACGCAAGGCUUAGACAGGCAGUAUGACACGGAUGGGCAGUAUACGUUCUGCUGGAGAGAUAGGGUGACGGAGAUUGUAUUCCACGUCACCACGCAGAUGCCCACAAAUCUAGAUCAUGAUCCUCAGUGUACCCUGAAGAAGCGACAUAUCGGGAACGACUUUGUCAACAUUAUUUUCAACGACUCUGGUUUGCCCUUCAAGUUCGACACAUUCCCAUCAGAAUUUAAUUUCGUCAACAUCGUCAUCACGCCCGAAUCUCGCGCCUCGUUCGUUGCUACUAGGCAGAGAACGCCGAAGGACGUUGCAGAAUCGUACUACAAAGUCCGCGUGAUGAGCAAGCCUGGGUUCCCCGAGAUCUCACCUGCUUCCGAGACUAAGAUCGUUAGCCUGAGAGCCCUACCCGACUUCAUCCGGCUCCUGGCGCUGAACGCGUCAGUGUUCUCGUUGGUUUGGGCUCACCGCGAGGGUGGUGAGCACGUCUCUGCGUGGCGCAACCGGCUGAGGGAGAUCAAGAGGCUCCGCGAUAAGUACGGACCGAAGGCGUCGGUGGUACCCCAUCAGGGCCAUGGGGGUCCGUCGCCCUCGCCACCAGGAACUGCCCUUGGCCAUGGCCACGGUAACACGACUUCGCUCGGCAGCACUACCGCUGCCCAAUUAGAGGCGGCGAGAUCUGGUAGCACGGUUCGCGACAGCUUCAGCAGCCUUCGUCGAUCGUCUGUCGCCACCUUCUUCUCCGCCUCGAGCGAGCAGAAUUCUCACCGCUCUUCGAUGCUGUCAACCGCUACGACGGAUAACACAGAGGUCAUGACGGCCAACGGGGUGGACGCCCUAGUUGAUAGCGUUGACUUCUCUAAAUGGUCAGCGUAG